ACGUGGCAGUUGACAGUUACAGUGACGUAUAUCUUAUGCGGUCUGUUUAAUAUUUUGAAAUAUAAUUGAAUUCAUAUACUUUUCCAAAAUACUCACCAUGUGUGUGAACUAAAACUGUGAAAAAAUACUUAUUUACAUAAUACGGAAACUUAUAAAAUGGCAUGUAAACUACAUAGAGUGCGUUACUAUAAUCCAAAGCCGGAACCGAUAAAUUGUGUUUCGUUUAAUAAAGCUAAUAAAACACUUGCUGUAGCAAGGUCUGACGCCUCUAUAGAGAUUUGGGAUUUGAAUUACGCCCCUUACUUAGUGAAACUUAUUCCCGGUGCAGAAAACGCAUCAGUAGAAGCACUGGGAUGGGUUAACGAUAGAUUGUUAUCAACUGGGCUUGGUGGAGCGUUGUUGGAAUGGGAUGUAAACACUUUGAGUGUUAAAAACACAGUGAUCCUAACAGGGUACGCUGCGUGGUGCCUUGACGUCGAUCCAAACAAUACUUUAAUAGCCGUUGGUACAGAGCAAGGUUAUAUUAACCUCUACAGUGUUGAAUAUGAUGACAUUGUAUAUAAGAAGCUAUUUGAUAAGCAAGAAGGUAGAAUUAUGUGCUGUAAAUUUGAUAAAACUGGAAAAGUUUUGGUAACAGGAUCUAUUAAUACAAUAAGAGUAUGGAAUGUAGAAACAGGGCAUGCAACUUGCCGUAUUUCUGUCAGUAGACGUGGGAAUGAGAUGAUAGUAUGGUGCCUGGCAGUGCUUUCAGAUAAUGUUGUUGUAUCCGGAGACAGUCAAGGCAGGCUGACAUUUUGGGACAGUGUCCUUGGGGAUCAGAUAGAGUCAUACACCACACAUAAGUCAAAUAUCCUAUCAAUAGUUGUGUCUGAUGAUGAAAAGAAUUUAUACUGCAGUGGAGUGGAUCCUGUUAUAAUGAACUUUGUUAAAGUGAGCAAAGGCUCUGGUAAAAUCACUGGUGCCCAGUGGGUGAAGAAUGUACAGAGAAAUAUUCAUGAACAUCAAGUCAGAGCAUUAGUAUUGAAUGGAGACAAGCUGAUAUCAGUGGGAGCUGAUGGAUAUCUGACAUUAUCCAGCUAUCCACCGAAGUGGGUGAUGAGGAUACCACCAAUGAUUCCUGCUGUCAGAUCAGCAGUUUCUGGAAAGAAUAAGCUGUUGUUAUUAAGAUAUUCCAAUCACUUAGAAGUAUGGAAACUAGGCACAUAUGGAACUAAUGAAAACGGAAAUGUAAUUAUAACUGAUGUUCAGUCACAACAAAAUGUUGAUAAAGAAAAUGACAACACUCAUCUAGAACAGGACACAGCAAUAUUAGAUUAUAAGAAAGGCAAUAAAUCAUCGGGAACACAAAAGUUGAAAAUAACCGAUAAGCCUGUGAAGUUAAUUUCAGUGAAAAGUAAGAAGAACAAACAGAUAGUGAGUUGUGCUCUGUCACCGGACGGCCAGUUCGUCGCUUAUUCUACUGACAGUGAUGUGCGAAUGCUUAAACUAGAAACAGAGGAUGAGAGUAAUAUAUCAUUGACAAAGAUGUUAAUCAGUGGGCUAUCGUCAAUGUGUGACCGCAUGGUCUUCAGUGAGGACUCGCAGACUUUGCUGGUGCAUUCUCGGGGAGAGCUCAAAGUUCUGCAUGUUGAUGCGCAAGCUGGAGCCACUGUUGUACAAAUUAUACCAACUGAUAAAUAUUUAAAAAGUAAAACAGCUUUACACUUACACGUGUGUGAGAAGACACGUUCGAAUGUUAGGUACGUAGUGUUGAGCGACAGCGCGGGCGGGGUGGCGGUGUGGCGUGCGGGGUGCGCGGCGGGCGGGGCGGCGCGCGCGCGCAAGUACGACCACCACGCCACGCUGCCCGCCUACCGCUGCGUGCCCGCCGCACUCACUGUUGACACUGCUAACGAAACACUUAUUAUCGCUUACGUCGAUCAAAAGUUAGUAGAAUACGAUCUGUUGAAUAAGAAGUUUAGUGAGUGGGGCAGCGCGGCGCAGUCGGCGCUGCCGGCGCAGUGGGCGGCGCGCCGCACGGCCGUCGCCUCCGUGUGCGCGCACCCCGCCGCCGACAAGCUCGUCUUUCAGGACGAAACAUCGCUUUGGAUCAUGAAUAAGAAACCUACGAAUAACAACGAAGAGCCAAGUGUAAAAAAGAAAUUCAAUAAGAAUGACUCCAGUAUGAACCUUAAAAUAAUACCAAUAAAGUAUUUAGCAGGAUUUCAUUGGAUCGGUGACGACGAAGCGGUCACGUUGGAAAUAUUACCAGAGAACAUAGUUUCUCAACUGCCACCUGCAUUUGUUACUAAAAGACACAAUAUGGGAUAAUUAUUUUUAUGUUGUUUUAAACAAAAUAGCAUAUAUUUUUAAAAAUAAAAAUAAUGUAUAGUA